AUGUUGAAAUUAUUUGUUCUCGUUGCACUGACAUGUUCAAUAAAUUCAAUAUGGGCAGGAACACCAUUCAAAGAUUGCGGAUCAGAAUUAGCUACAAUUCAAGAAUUUGAAGUGACUGAUUGUCCAACAGCUCCUUGCAAAUUUAUCAAAGGCAAAACAUACGCAAUGAAUUUAACACUCACAGCCAAAGCUCCAUCAAAAACAGCUACUGUUACCCUUCACGGUGUGAUUGCCGGAGUUCCAGUUCCAUUUCCAUUACCUGAUUCAAAUGCUUGUAAUUUGGGUGUUAAAUGUCCCAUCGGUCAAGGUGAUAUUAAUCUAGCAUCAUUCUCACUACCUGUUUUAACCACAUACCCAUCGAUUUCAUUAUAUGUUAAACUCGAAAUUAAAGCUGAUGAUCAAAAGCAAGAUUAUGUUUGUUUAUUGUUUCCAGCAACAAUCACAAGUGGCGCAGCGAAAACAAAAAAUUUAGUUCAAUGGAAAAAAGGCAAAUUAUUCGAAAUGAUUUAA